UAAACGGAUCCUUACAGCAGGUGCGUCACUUUCCUUCAAUUAAACUGGGGGUCAUUUCCCCUCCAGAAUCCGCUCAGACGGUUUCAGCUUUUAUUCCCCGCAUCGGCGUCGGGGUUGCAGAUGGAUUAAAGAUUAAGAGCAGCGGAGGAAUCCAGCGUUUCCUCUCCGGAUAGAGACACUCCACACAAAGUGACACAACGUGGGCGGCGCGUCGAAGACCCGAUCUGCAGGCACGGCGCAGCGGCUCCACGCAGGAGUCAGGAGCUGGGUGUGAAGCUGAGAAGACGUGACGGCGUGGUCCUUUCAUUGUGUUGACCUGCGGAACAGAAACACGCGUGGAAGCUUAGAGUGGGGGCUCCGGGUUAAGGCUAAACUGUCCUCUGGAGCGCGUCUGACCACAUUGGACCUCACUUGAUUAGGAAAGAGAACGAUGCUGUUUUAUCCAUUUUUUUUUUUAUUUGAGCAUCUGAACUGUUCCACCUGACGCGCCGCAGACGAUAAAUUGGAUGUAACCUCUGGCGAAAACAUUUUUGGAAACGUGAUUCUUGUCUCUCUGCCUGCGCGUAUUUUUCUGGAGACAUUUCCAGCGACGCGUCAUUGGCACGGCAAUAAAUCAAAGAGAUGUGGCUGCUGUGAAUUUCUUUUUUUUUUUUUCAAACUGAACUCAAAGGGGAGUGAUCAAGAGCCAAGUAGCCCGGGAAAGAGAUUUUCUUAAUGAAGUGACGAGAAGACGUUUAUGGCCACAUGAGAAUUACGUGAAAAGCUCUGGAGAUGCGGCGCAAAUGCUUUUAUCUGCUCCAGGUGUUUGCCGUUGUGAGCCUCCUCCCCUCGGCCUCCUUAGCAGAUCUGACAUGUGAAGCUCUGCUGGCAGGGAAUGUCUCAUUGCAGUCCCUGGUCGCCUCCUGGAACCAAACCCUGAGCAACACCACGAGCCAGUGGAGCGGCUCAGGAAUCUACUGCGAAACCUCCAUCGAUGGCAUUGGCACCUGCUGGCCCAGGAGCAGCGCUGGCCAGAUGGUGUCCCGGCCCUGCCCCAAGAUGUUUUAUGGUGUCAGAUACAACACCACCAAUAACGUUUAUAGGAAAUGUCUUGAAAAUGGGACGUGGGCGCUGAAGGGGAACUACUCCAUGUGUAAGGCCAUACUUCAUGAGGAGAAAAAAGGCAAGAUGCACUUCCAGAUCGCUGUCAUCAUAAACUUCCUGGGUCAUUGCAUCUCCAUGGUGGCUCUGCUCGUCGCCUUCUUCCUCUUCUUGUGCUUGAGGAGUAUCCGAUGUCUGAGAAACAUCAUCCACUGGAACCUAAUCACCGCCUUCAUCUUGAGAAACGCCACCUGGUUCAUCGUCCAGCUGACCAUGAGCCCAGAGGUGCACGAAAGUAACGUGCUUUGGUGUCGACUUGUCACUGCCUCAUUCAACUAUUUCCACUCCACCAACUUUUUUUGGAUGUUUGGAGAAGGCUGCUACCUUCACACUGCGAUCGUCCUCACCUACUCCACUGACAAGCUCCGCAAGUGGAUGUUCAUCUGCAUCGGCUGGUGUAUACCUUUCCCUAUAAUUGUGGCGUGGGCCAUCGGGAAGCUGUACUACGACAACGAGAAGUGCUGGUUUGGGAAGCGACCCGGUGUGUACACCGACUACAUCUACCAAGGUCCCAUGAUCCUUGUGCUGGUGAUCAAUUUCAUCUUUCUCUUCAACAUAGUGAGAAUCCUGAUGACCAAACUGCGAGCCUCUACGACGUCCGAGACGAUCCAGUACAGGAAAGCUGUGAAAGCAACGCUGGUACUCCUUCCCCUCCUGGGAAUCACCUACAUGCUGUUUUUUGUCAACCCAGGGAAGGAUGAAAUUUCUCAAAUGGUCUUCAUAUAUUUCAACUCGUUUUUGGUGUCCUUCCAGGGCUUCUUCGUGUCAGUGUUUUACUGCUUCCUAAACAGUGAGGUCCGCUCAGCAGUACGGAAGCGGUUCCACCGGUGGCAGGAGCAGCACUCGAUCCGGGCCAGGAUGACCCAGGCUAUGUCCAUCCCAACUUCACCUUCACGUGUCAGCUUUCACAGCAUCAAGCAGUCCACAUCGAUAUGAAACAAGAAACCAGCUUUACCCUGCAUACUGGGACAAACCCUCCAGCUAUCAUUGUCAUCGUGUCCCACCACCUCAGCGAAGUACACUAAAAAAAAACCUCUGAGCAGGGACAAAGAGACACCGCAUCGGUCUCCUAAACCUCAGGGGGGACAUUAAACAGACUUUCUGGAGAAAAUGGAUGGUGACUGGGGGAAAAGGACUUUGCAGACUUUGCAUUAAUAAAGGUUGGUGGAUCAAAAGAUCAGGGAGCUGAUCUGUAUGACCUGAAGUUUCAGUGUGAAUGUACAGCACACCAUUCAGUUUAAUAUUGGCUUGCUGUAAAAAAAAAAAAAAAAAAAAGCAUCUGGUUUAUUCCUGCCUGCAUAAUUUAGCAAUCAUCACCCGAUAAACCUUGUGGCGCUUAUUGGGAGUCAGUCCCAGGGGACUCUGCAUCCUAAAGGCAGAGACAAAGUUGUUAAAUAUUCAGAGAUAUAUACAUAUGUUUGUUUUUACAGUGAUCCUUUUUUUUAUUUUAAUUUUUUUUCUUAUGUUGUACUGUCAUCCUUGGUUCUCAGUUCGGUGAAAUUGUGCUUCAUUCAUCAACUUUCCAGGAAGGUUGAAUACAUUCCGUUCUUUUACCUGAAGAGUUUUGUUCCACAGUAAUUAUUUAAUGCUGUUUAGUGAUAAUUUUAUGAUAAAACAGCUUCUUUUAUUUUUACAACAAGCUAUCAAGGAGUU